GUUCGAGCUCAGAGACUCAGGCGGGGAACAUGUGAGGGGUGGGGGGGCAUGGACGACUGGAAGCAGGAUUAUUGUUCAGCACAGCAGAAAGACGCAGGAGGGACGCUGGAAAGAAGGAGACACUGGGGGACCCUCUGACCAAUCCUUGGACAUUACUGAGUUUGUGCUCCGGAGAGAGGAAAAGCCAAAGAUGAACAGCAUGUUGUUUAACAAGCUGAGCAGUCAGGUCCUGUUUGAGGAGAAGGCCAAAGAGGUGGAAAUGAGCAGCAGAAACUACCUGGAAGUCAUUGAUGGAGAACAUCCAGACCUGCUGUCCAGCAGCCCGAGCUUCAGAGACAAGCAGGAGAUGAGACACAGACGCAGCGGCGGUCGUCCCAGCGGAGGCAAAGUGCGACACAAGCGCCAGGCCCUGCAGGACAUGGCGCGGCCCCUCAAACAGUGGCUCUACAAGCACAGAGACAACCCCUACCCAACCAAGACGGAGAAAAUCCUCCUGGCCCUCGGCUCCCAGAUGACUCUGGUCCAGGUGAGUCCGCCGCCUCCUGCUUUUCUUUUACGACGGAGGAAAAGAAAGCGACGUGUCGCUCCGCGGUCCUGCAGGUGUGAGCGGGAUCAGUCUGAGAGGUGGAGCCUGAACUUUGACUGAACACUUUGCAGCCGUGCGCCGCUGAGCAGGUUCAUUUCUGCACUUUGCUUUAACUACGGGGCGUAAAAACGACACGAAGCAUCGAGCCGCGGGACUAAAGUCUGCGUGUUUGUGCUUCAAGAUUCUCAUCCAGCUUCAGGCUCCUCUGUCUCUCUCAGGGCUUUGAUCAAACCCUUGAUUUGCUGCUCAUCUUACUGCCUGGAGGCAAAGUCAGGGUUUUUGCCUGCAUCUGUGUGACUGACUGCAAAAUACCUC